AUGCCACUGACACCCAACAACGGAAAAUACCUCAAGAAUAAUUAACUCUGCAUUAUUUCUUCUUAACUAACAACAUGACCUCAUCUGGUUCACAUUUUGUCUGUGGUUACAUAAAACAACUGAAUAUACAAACACCACCUUUAACGUUUAUCUCACCAGACAAAUCACUAUGGAAAUACACUGAGAAAUUCAGCCUAAAUUUAAGUUAUCCAGAAGUAAGUACAGAUACGACGAUAUUUACCCCAUUGAAUAACGACUAUGUGACAAAUUUCACAAACAACAGUAAUUUUUCAAAUAUCCCAUUCCUACCCUUUCAGUACAAUUCAAUCUUUCGAUAUUAUUUCACCGAUGGUAUCCCCUUUCAAAUUUCAUUUCGAUGUCACACGAUAGAUAUCAUUUGGAAGUAUAUCUUACCAUUAUUAUUUUUAAUCGGAACUGUUGGAAAUAUUCUAUCAUUUCUAGUAUUUUAUAAACGUAAAAGUCUCUAUCCAUCAUCGCAUAUAUAUCUCAUAUUUUUAGCCAUAAUGGAUGAAGGAGUUCUGUGCACUGGUCUACUAACACGAUGGUUAGAUCGAUUACUCUCCUACCGGCUAGAAGAUAGACAUUGGCUGUUGUGUAAGUCAAUGCAAUUUAUCGGUGUCACUACAAGUUUCAUCUCUGUCUGGAUUAUUGUACUGAUCACUGUGGAACGUACUCUAGUCGUUAUGUCGCCGAUUAGUUCAAUACAUAAUAAACGUGUUAAAUGUUCGUGUACAUCAAUAAUAAUAUUAUGCAUUCUAGCGUCAACUGUAAGUGGACACUUUUUUCUCACUGUUGAUCUUGUAACAAGAGAUGGGAAUAAAUCAUUGGAUGGUGACGAGGAUGAAGAGGAUGCCGCCAGUGCAGAACAAAACAUCCCAUUGUAUCUAUCGUCUAGAUUAAUAGAGAAUAGUCAUUUCCUGGGUCAGAGUAUUGCUAAUUCAACUUUACUGCACUAUCAACAACAAACAUAUGAUAAUAUGACUAUUUCAGAUCCCCGAGUGUGUGAUUUUCACCUCGUGUACAAAGAGAAUGGCUUUCAAAGCAUUUGGACAUGGAUAGAUGCUACAUUGUAUAGUUAUCUGCCAUUUAUCAUUAUUGUUAUCUCCAAUAUUCUGAUCCUGAUCAAUAUUCGUUGGGCAACAAAACGUCGAGCCAGUAUGAUCUAUCGAGUGCCAAAUACAAAAUAUUAUCAUCAUUGCUUAAAAAAUAAUAAUAAUCAUAAUCAUAACUAUUGGAAUAUCAAAAAAUUUGGUAAUUUCUCUAUGAAACUCAAUCGAUGUACAGAUGCACAGAUACGUCAACCACCACAAACAUCCUAUUGUGGUUCCCAGUCGUAUGCUAGUGAUCGUUUUACUCCACCACCACAGAUAGCCGGUUCAUCAUCCCAUGGAUCCAGUGUUAUCUCGCUGAAUAAUUUGAAUCAUGCCAAUCAUAAAAGUAAUAGUAAUAUGAGUUUAUAUAGUGCUAAUCUAUGCAAAUGUAAACAUCCUUGUGUAAGUAUGCAGCUACAACCGUAUACAGGAGGUGUUAAAGGUGUUGAAUAUAAAACGAAUAGCAUUGUGAGACGUCCACAUACAAUCUUCUCUAGCGAGAUGCGUCAAUUAACUCUGCUGCUGAUGUUAAUCUCCGGUGUCUUCCUACUGACGACUGCACCAGUUGUUGUAGUCAAGCUAUUAGUUGCAUGGAAUAUUGGGCAGGAUCCAGAAGAUAUAGCAUUACUGGAAUUAUUUGAUUGUAUUGCUGAAGUAUUAAUGUAUGCAAAUCAUGCUAUAAAUUUUUAUUUAUAUUGUGCUGUUGGGACAAGAUUUCGUAGAGAAUUGAAGAAAACACUACGAUGUGGUAAGAAAAGAAGGUAACUGUCUCAGUGCCCUCCCCCCUACCCCGGCCCUAAAAAAAGCUUAAAGCGACAUAUCUAUUUUCAAAGUUAUUUUGCUUGUUUUAAAAAAAACAUCAGAGUCUAUUUCUCUGUUAAAAGCUAAAAUUUUUGUAAAUAAUUCUGAUAUUGCUGUGUGUUUAAAAAAAUAAAGAAAUAUGUGUG